AUGGGUGAAGCCAGCAUUCUCGACCGCCUAUCCGCCCUCGAUACCAGCACCGUCUCCGACGCGCUCGAUUUCCUGCACCUCAAAGGCGCAACCUACGGCCUGCGCCCACUCUGGGACUGCCCGAAGAUCGUCGGCCGCGCGAGCACAGUCAAAGUCGGGCAUAAGACCGACUCGGCCUCCACCGCACAUCCAUUCACACCCGUUAUCGACGCAAUCACCACGGACGACCGCGUGCUCGUUAUCUCCAGCGGCCUGGAGGGCGUUUCCUGCUGGGGCGAUAUCAUCUCCAAUGCGUCCAAGGCAAAGGGGAUUCGGGGAACAGUCAUUGAUGGUAUGUGUCGCGAUAUUAACGGGAGUCACGACAUCGGGUAUCCUGUCUACGGACGUGAUGUUACCAUGAUUAGUGGGCGGAGCCGCCUCGUGCAGGUUUCUGCUGGGGCGCCGGUGCAGAUGCGCGGUGUCACGGUGCGCGAGGGGGACUAUGUUAUCGCUGAUAUCUGCGGGACGGUGUUUAUCCCCGCUGAGCGGAUUAAGGAGGUGCUUGACCUGGGCGAGCGGAUUGAGCCCCGCGAGAGUCUGAUGGUGCAGGAUGUUCGGGCGGGAAAGCCCGUGUCGGAGGUGAUGCACGACGCGAAGUUCCAAGCGAUCCACGCAGAGACAAUGUCCGUCGCGGCUGCUGUGACGGCCUCGCAUUCCAAGCAGAAUAUCAAGAGCGCCAGCGCCGAGGAUCAGGAGUUGGUCAAGCUCUUUGCGGGUCUAGAUGCUCCCGCGGUCUCGGACGCGCUGGAUAAGCUCGGAAUCCCUGGGCAGGCACUUGGAAUCAUGCCGCUGACCAACUAUAAAAAAGUCACUAUCGGACCAGCCUUUACUGUCCGGUACGUCCCCGCCAGCGACCCACCAGGAAGCGUCGGUGACUUUAUUGACGACGUGGCCGCCGGCGACGUCGUGGUCAUCGACAACGGCGGCCGCACGGAUUGUACUGUCUGGGGCGAUAUUAUGACGCAGUAUGCUGGACUUCGCGGGAUAGCAGGAACUGUUAUUGACGGCGUCUGCCGCGACGUGAAUCUAGCUAUUAAUGAAGAGUAUCCUCUCUUCAGCGCUGGUCGAUGGAUGCGCACGGGCAAGGAUCGGGUGCAGGUGGGCGGCGUUAAUGAGGCGGUUGGGGUUGGCAAGGUGCAUGUCAAGCCGAGGGAUAUUGUAGUCGCAGAUGUUAAUGGGGUUGUUGUUGUGCCAAGAGAGAAAGUGCAUGAGGUCGCUGAGAUUGCACGCAAGAUUGAGGCUAGCGAAACUGCUAUUCGCCAGAUGACGAGCAAUGGGGCCACGAUUGCAGAGGCGAGGAAAGCGCUGGGUUAUCAUACACUGCAGCGGAGGGUAUAG